UGCAGCUAAAUGAUGGAGCAGCUAUUCCAGAAUGCCCCCUCGGCUAAAAAUUAAAUAAAAUAAUUCCAUUACACCUCAUAGAAUAGACAGGGGGUGGAAAAUUACUGUUUUUGUAAGAGUAAACUACAAAAUUACUAUACUUAACAAAAGUCUCCUGGAAAAAACAUUUCAUGUUACUAAGUUACUGAAGGAAUAACCUCUUUUUGACCUAUUGCAACUGUGUGAAGAGAAUAAUCGCUAUAUUAAAACAGGACUUAUAUAUGUUAGAUUAUUUUUCUAGCAAAUUGUUAUUUCAUAGAAAUCAUGAUAUGAUCAUUAGAGAGAGAAAACCCCCAACAACUGAAGUCCAUGUAUGUCAAGAUGACCUCUGAAGAAAUGGUAGCUUCUGUUCUUGUUCCUGUGACACAGAAGGAAGUGAUAGCUGCUCGCUCAGCUACAGAUGAAAGCAGUGAAAAUGCCUCGGACAUCAGUGUUAUAAAAAGACAUGUUAAUAAACCAAACAAAGAAACUCCUCUUACUCUCUCAUGCCUAAACAUAUUUAGAGAAGAACACAUUGAAAGUUCAUUGGCCAAGACUGUCUCAGUCUCGAGUAAAGACGCAAUGAAUGAUGCGAAUAGCCAUGAAAACUUUGGGGAGAGAAGUGUACCAGAUUCAGUGGAAUAUAUUAACAUUAACUGUAACAAUAUGCCUAAUAACUGUCAGAGUUCACAUAGCCAGUUGUCUAAAUCAUGUGAAUCUGUAUCAGAAGAAAACCUGUGUUUGGAUACUGGAAUUUCAUCUUCACUGGAAAGAAACAUGUUUUCUGGAAUUAAACUGGAAGUAGAUGAACCUUCAGGAGAAGCAAAUCCUAUAAGAAGUCAAUCAGCAAUUAUUCAAACUAGCAGAGGUCAUACGGAUAACAUGGCUAUAUUUCAUUUUCAUUACGCAGUUGAGAGAAAUGUAUCAAAGACUUUUUGUACCAUAUCUGAUGGCUUAAUUUUAGAUGAUUGUGGCAACUGUGUACAACUACCAGAUAUUGGAAAUGAUCAAAAGGGCAAUUACUCAGCAUAUACUUGUAGUUUAAUGGAACUGGCAGAUGACUGUGACAAUAAGAAUGGACUGAAGAGAUGUGAUAACUAUGAUACCCUAAGUGAUAAAUAUUUAUGCUUAGAAAGAUCUUGCCAGAAGGUUAAAAUGGUAUGUUCAAAUAAAAGCUUCUGUGGUGAUAAUUUUCCUGGAAGAAUGCCCACCAAGGCCUUUUUGAGUCAUUUGGAAGAUUGUACUGAUCAUUUUGAAGAAGACGUGGAGGAGGAUUUUUUUAAAAACAAAAGGGAGCGGUCCACUUUGUUAAUUAGAAGAUUUUGCAAAAAUGAUAAGGAAGUUAAAAAAUCUGUUUAUACUGGAACCAGAGCAAUUAUGAGAACCCUGCCUUCUGGGCACAUAGGGCCUGGAGCUUGGAGUUAUGUUGAACAGAAAAGAAAUCAUGACAUUAAGAACUUUAAGAGUUCAACAGAGCGUAUAGCAAGAGUACAGAUUAGGCAAGAUGUGAAUGUCUGUCUUAGAAAAUCCCAUUGGUAUUUGAUCAACAACACAGUGAGAAGGGGAGAAGAAACAGAAGGCACUCUUGGAUCGUUUCUCUAUUUCUUCAGGAAGGCUCUAGCCUUAGACACAAUCCAUGGACAUAUUAAUAUUGGCCCACGCUUGAAACAAUGUGUUCGAGAUACUUCAUGUGAAUACCGAGCCACUUUUCAAAGGACUUCAAUUUCUCAGUACAUCACUGGUUCUCUAUUAGAGGCAACUACGUCUUUGGGUGCAAGAAGUGGCCUUUUAAAUACUUUUGGAGGAUCAGUAGGAAGAAUAAUGUUGAAAGAACGUCAACAAUGUACCUCCGUGGCCAGUUCAACCAGCCUCCCUUCAAAUGUAGCUGGUCUAAGUAACGAUCUCAUAGAACUUCAACACCUCAUUCAGUUCCCAGAGGAAGUCGCUUGUAUUCUGACUGAACAGGAGCAGAGUAUCUACCGACAAGUGUUGCCUGUUGACUACCUUUGCUUCUUAACCAGGGACUUGGGAAAUGCUGAAUGCCAGAGUAAACUUCCAUGUCUCAAGGCUACAGUAUCUGCAUCCAUCCUCACCUCCCAGAACAAUGAGCACAAAGCUCUGGAAAAUCUUGUAACAAGAUUUAAUGAGGUGAGUUCUUGGGUGACGUGGCUGAUACUCACAGCAGGCACCAUGGAAGAAAAACGGGAAGUCUUCUCGUAUUUAGUACACAUUGCAAAAUGCUGCUGGAAUAUGGGCAACUACAAUGCUGUUAUGGAAUUCCUGGCUGGCCUCAGGUCAAGGAAGGUUUUAAAGAUGUGGCAGUUUAUGGACCAGUCUGACAUUGAAACCAUGAGAAGCCUGAAGGAUGCAAUGGCCCAACAUGAAUCUUCCUCUGAAUACAGGAAAGUGGUGAACCGGGCUCUGAAUAUUCCUGGCUGUAAAGUGGUUCCUUUUUGUGGUGUCUUUUUAAAGGAGCUUUGUGAAAUUCUAGAUGGAACAUCUGGAUUUAUGAAACUUUGCCCACGAUAUAACUCACAAGAUGAAACUUUAGAGUUUGUAGCUGAUUACAACGGACAAGAUAAUUUCUUACAACGAGUAGGGCAAAAUGGCUUAAACAAUCCAGAGAAGGAAUCCACUGUUAACAGUAUUUUUCAAAUUAUCCGAAGCUGCAAUCGCAGUCUGGAACCUGAAGAAGAAGACAGCUUCGGUGAAGGCGACAAUUCAAGGAAAGACUUCUUAAAGGACAAAACUCGAUUGCAGUAG